AUGGCCUUUCUGGGAAUGGCGCUGCCUCAGAACCUCAGGGUACCGUUGCAUACGGACAAUGCGGACGACAAGCACGGGUUUGUCAUCAUGACACCAUUCAUACAGGAUGGAAUACCAGCAAGGCAACUUAGUGAUCUUCAACUCUGGCAUCUUUCUCACGCCAUCACUCCAUCUGAGGGUACCAGGCAGGCUGUGGUUCUGUUUCCUCACAAGGGUGUGUUUGAUUUCGAGUUCAAGUGGUUGACCGACGGCAGCCCUCGGAAUGAACCUCUUGGAUCGGACAAACGAAGCCGAGCUGCGAGCUGCAAGUAUACCAGGUAUAUUGACGAGUCCCGUGUCACCCAACAAGCCCUCGUGGACAACUUCAAUGCGCUCAAGCAGGUGGUGCAAUCCCAAAUUACCUCCCAGGAGGACGAUUGGACGGGGCGAGAGCAACACCAUCCCUUCCAUCCUUUCUCUUUCCACCCUUGCCCCUCCAAAUCAACGAGGCAAAACCAAGGCCAUGGGGCUACCACACACCUUGCAGAAUGCUCUCGAAAAUCCCAUUUGUUAUUGAGACGUCAAAUCAAUCAAGCGGGUGAAUCACAACAAGGAGCAGCCAAAAGUUCUGUGGAACCUCAGGGCAGGCCAAUUUCAGGGCUCAAGGAACUUCACAUAUCACGGAAAGAUAUCAGAGCAUGGCCAGUCAAGCUGUUGCACAUUGGAGAAGUUGUCAAAGGAUAUGCAGCAGAUUCUCAUAGAUCAAAGACCAAUCUAUUCAAUGAUGGCCAACAAGUCCCACUCCUUGAAUACGAUCAAGAUUACUUGAAGAACAGUGUUCUGCAGUUGAAACGAUGUCAGAGGAAUCAGGGUUACUUCCUGUGUUUGGUGAGGGGCCAAGACUGCAAGAUUUGGAAGAGAGCAGAGCAGUGGCAAACCUUAUGUGUCUUGGUGGGCAAUAGAAUUGUCAAGAAGUUACAGAACCUCAAAAACUUAUGGGACUGUGAUCCUCAGAUUGCUCUCAAGGGAGGAGCAUGUAAAGGUGCGACUGCAAUCACCACUUGUUGUUGUGAAGUAACAACUAGAUCCACCAAGGUUGGUUACUUGAUGUACCUAGGCAAUAGUAAUGGAUUCCCUGUAGAUUGUACAAAGUACGAUGUACAAUGUACAUUCUACAAAAUGAGGCUUCGUGAUUGA